GUGUUGACCUCACUCUGGUUAAUUCACGGUUUUCCCCAGUCUCUGUAUGUAAGAUGAGAAAAUCAGGGCUAGGAGUAGUUUGGCUAGCUUCAGGUAUGUUUUGUUGUUACUGCCAGGCCCCGCCCAUCACCUAUAUUCUUUCUUUGAACAAGUUCCCCUAACUUUCAUUCUCUGUGGAGUGGGGCGCUCUUCUCUACCUGUGAACCUUCUCUGGCCUUUAGCUUCUGCAAGCCCCUUCCCAACUGCUUCUAAUUCUCUGCGGAGUUCAUCUUGUCCUUCCUUGUGAAUUCUCUCAGGCGAACCAAGGCUCCUGGGAGAAUGGCCCUAGAAGAAGCCCAGAUUUGCAGGAGCUGGAUCUGCUUAGCCCCUCUGGACUCCGGCUGGGCCUCUUCCACUCCUACCAUAGAUUUUUCCGUGACAGAUUCAGGAUGGUCGCUGUCCCUGCCUCCUCCGGACACUGCCUGCUAAUCCCUAUUUCCCAAAGAGGAGCCCCACCUCCUCAGAGCAAGGGGCUGGCCUGUGCUAUUUCUGGCCUUUCUGGGACUCUUCUGACAGCAGAUUCUUGUUUUCAGUCUGAUUCAGAUGUGAAACUUUUCCCGCGGCCUCUCACCCAGUUCCUGUGGGUUAAGGUUUCUGCCUCAUCACCCCCUAGUCAGGCCUUUCCAGUUCCCUGUUCAAAAAGUGCUCUCUGGUUUGUCAUUCAGUUUUGCUGGGACCUGGAAGAGGAAGUUCUGGGGGUUCAAGAGGGAGUUGUUCCCCAGUAGGGGCCCUUGGGCCCUGGGGUCAGCUUUUUGAUACUUUGAAGUAGAGAACUUUGAUUUCCAUGGCAAACCCUGUUCCUGUCCAGAGGAGUCACCUCCAGGGGCCCAUCCUCAGGCUGCGCUACAUGGUGAAGCAGUUGGAGAAUGGGGAGGUUAACAUCGAGGAGCUGAAGAAAAACUUGGAAUACACAGCUUCCCUGCUGGAGGCUGUCUACAUCGAUGAGACACGGCAAAUUCUGGAUACUGAGGACGAGCUUCGGGAACUUCGGUCAGAUGCUGUGCCUUCAGAGGUGCGGGACUGGCUGGCCUCCACCUUCACCCAGCAGACCCGAGCCAAAGGUCGCAGGGCAGAAGAGAAGCCCAAGUUCCGAAGCAUUGUGCAUGCUGUGCAGGCUGGCAUCUUCGUGGAGCGGAUGUUCCGGAGAACAUAUACCGCUGUGGGCCCCACAUAUUCUACUGCAGUCCACAACUGUCUCAAGAACCUGGACCUCUGGUGCUUUGAUGUCUUUUCCUUGAACCGGGCAGCAGAUGACCACGCUCUGAGGACCAUUGUUUUUGAGUUGCUGACUCGGCAUAGCCUCAUCAGCCGCUUCAAGAUUCCCACUGUGUUUCUGAUGAGUUUUCUGGAGGCCUUGGAGACAGGCUAUGGGAAAUAUAAGAACCCUUACCACAACCAGAUCCAUGCAGCCGAUGUGACUCAGACAGUUCAUUGUUUCCUGCUCCGCACAGGCAUGGUGCACUGCCUGUCAGAGAUUGAGGUCUUGGCCAUCAUCUUUGCUGCAGCCAUCCAUGACUAUGAGCACACGGGCACCACCAACAGCUUCCACAUCCAGACCAAGUCUGAAUGUGCCAUCCUGUACAACGAUCGCUCGGUGCUGGAGAAUCACCACAUCAGCUCUGUUUUUCGAAUGAUGCAGGACGAUGAGAUGAACAUUUUUAUCAAUCUCACCAAGGACGAGUUUGUAGAACUUCGGGCCUUGGUUAUUGAGAUGGUGUUGGCCACGGACAUGUCCUGCCAUUUCCAGCAAGUGAAGUCCAUGAAGACAGCUCUGCAGCAGCUGGAAAGGAUUGACAAGUCCAAGGCCCUAUCUCUUCUGCUUCAUGCUGCUGACAUCAGCCAUCCAACCAAGCAGUGGUCAGUCCACAGCCGCUGGACCAAGGCCCUAAUGGAAGAAUUCUUCCGCCAGGGUGACAAGGAAGCAGAGCUGGGGCUGCCCUUCUCUCCACUCUGUGAUCGCACCUCCACAUUGGUGGCCCAGUCUCAGAUAGGCUUCAUCGACUUCAUUGUGGAGCCCACCUUCUCUGUGCUGACUGAUGUGGCAGAGAAGAGUGUCCAGCCCUUGGCAGAUGAUGAGUCCAAGUCUAAAAGUCAGCCUAGCUUCCAGUGGCGCCAGCCUUCUUUAGAUGUAGACGUAGGAGACCCCAACCCUGAUGUGGUCAGUUUCCGCUCCACCUGGACCAAGCACAUUCAGGAGAACAAACAGAAGUGGAAGGAACGGGCAGCAAGUGGCAUCACCAACCAGAUGUCCAUUGAUGAACUAUCCCCCUGUGAGGAAGAGGCCCCGCCCUCCCCUGCAGAAGAUGAGCACAACCAGAAUGGGAAUCUGGAUUAGAGAACUGGGGGCUGGCCAGGUCCUCACGGAGUCCAAAGUCUUCGAUGUCAUUAGCACUAUCCAUCGGACUGGUUCCCCCAUCUGCUCCAAGGGAGUGUGUUGGUUGUGGGAGAGAUAGCUCACCGGAAAGCCAAAUGCUGGAGCUGGUGGGGUGGGGGAAGGUCCCCUCCCCAUCCAAUACCCACUGGGACACAAGCCUGGGGAACCACAGGCCCCCAAUGGUCACUGUGCCCACCCCUUGCCUCUGGACUCCCUUCUUGGGUAGGUGGCUACUUGGGAGGGGUGAGCUUCCUACAGGCUUCCUAUGGCCUGGAGGGGAGGGUCAGAGAUGCCAGCCCCCUUGGCCCUCCCCAUCCUUCUUGCCUCCAAGUUUCUAAGCAAUACAUUUUGGGGGUUCCCACAGCCCCCACCCCAGAUCUUAGCUGGCAGGUCUGGGUUUCCCUGUUUCCCAAGGAAGCUGGCAGUUUUCAAGGGCCUGCAUGGGAAGGGCAGGUGUCCUUUCCGGUAACUUCCUAGCAUGACGAGGAUGACGUGGGGGCCUCUUGAGCCCAGACGUGCACUGCUCUAGCAUCUCUCCCUCUCCUGUGCCCAGGCAGUGGCUGGGAGAGGACAGGAGCCUUGGGAUUAUGCCUGUGGGAAGACUUUCCAGGGUCCUCAAGAACUUGGGGCUGGUCUGGGCUCUAGAAGCUUGUCACCUGCCCUACCUGGGUCUCUGGCCCUUUGCCUCCUUUCUGUCCCCGGGGACUAAGAGGCUCUCAUCCGACCAAUGUCUGUAAAUGCUUUGAGAUCAUCCUUCAGUGUGUAUGAACAAAGGAAAGAGAGGACAGCUGGCUCUGGGGCAAGUGGGGUAAGGUAUGACCCAGCAAUCCAUGUUGUCAGAGUGGGUCCUUCCUUCCUUCCUGCCUUCCUUCUCCCAGAGCUGGCCCACGAAGAUUCCCCUCCCUGGGCCCCUUGUGGGUGGAAGGCAGAAGGGGAAGGGCGCAGGGCUGUUGCUGCCUGGGGCACACAGAGCAAGUGGAGCCAGGCAGAGCCUUUUCCUGUCCUCAGACUCCUUGCCCCACCUCCUCCAAGAAAAGGCUAAGUCCAGGUGACCGCCUCCUCCUUUCUUGUAAAUACCAGCCAUGCAUUUGUACAGUGGGCCCUGUUCUCGUGAAGUCCAUCUCCAUGGUCGUUAGACUUGCCACUCUGAACCGCAUGUGACUCCCCCAUGCCUUUGGUCUCCCAGGCCCCUGAUAUAGCCAGAGAUCAAUAAAGAAGGGAGACUGGC